CACCAAAUUGCGCGUCCAUUGCGAAAAAAUGCCUGUACAGAUACAAUUAAAGUUGAAAGAUUUGCCGAAAAGUGUAAAUUAUACAAAAAGUGAAGCGAUUAAAGCACUAAAAUAUAGAAAAGUGGAAAGUGUAGUGUAGUGACAAGCAAUUUGUUUCAUUAUAAUUUCUUGGUGGACUCAAAAAAGCCGGACUUGUUUUUCUUUUGCUUUGCGGCUUCGCGUCCCUUUUUCGUUCCCUUUCUCUGUCUCUUUCUCGUUCUCUCUUUUGUGUUUCGGCACCCAAGCGAACAUUUUGCACCACUCACACUUCUCAUCUUUUGGUGGCAAAAAUGUUUUUGGAUGGCGCCCAACUGUGCUACGUGGACAAAGAUGGAGUUGCUCUGUCUGUUGCCGCCAAAGGACGCACAUUCCAAAUUGGCUCUAGCAUGGGAUGCGAUAUUCUACUCACAGAGGACUAUGUGGACAGGCUGCUCUGUGAGAUAAAUUGCGACGCCUUUGGCAGGGUGACCAUUCAUAAUCAUUCCACAAAGCACACCGUUCAGUUCAAUGACGAGAAGUUGGAAGGGAAACGUCCUCUUUUGCAUGGUACCCGUCUUACCAUCUUGGAUAAUGUCUACACCUGGAAGUUUCCAAAGUCUUUGGAAACGGAGCCCGACAAUGGAGCAGAGCCGAGCGCAACUCCUGAUCGCAAUGCUCCUCCUGUCGAGCAAGCUCCCAACUCGUGUCCAUCGUUGAGGACUGACCAAGAACCAAUCGAGAAGCGUUUCACAGUCCAUAACUUUAAAUAUGCAAUUAAAUCCGAUGAUGAGGGGAACACAUCGCUUGGACUCAAAGAUUUGUCAGAUGUCUCGGAACGUUGCGUUUCACCCUCAAAUGAAAUAGAUUCUUCAAUAAUUGAUCUUGAUACACCUAAAGUGGAUCUCUUGGAAUCUACACAAAAUAAGGAGAAUACGAGUAGCCCACCGGGCAGUCAUAAGAAGCUUCUGCAGCUCUGUUCUCGCUCAGAUGUGGUGGUCACUUCGUUUUCUCCUCGAACAACUGGAGUUCGAAUUGAGAAGUCAUUCACUUGCGUGAUGAAGCCACAGACACCAAAGAGUGUGUACGGCACACCAAAGAGUGUACUCUCCGAGGUCAAUGAGGAUAGCUGCAGUCGUGAUAUGAUGGACUUUAGUACACCGUCCACAUCAAAAAAGGCGAUAGCCGGUGUCCGGCGUAUGUCAUCUAUGUAUCUUAUUGAUCUGACCACUCCGCAAAGACUGAAAUCUACGCCCAGACAGACGACACCCAGCACAUUCUCUGACUCCUCUGAAGUAAUUGAAUUAAGCAGUGGAUCAACGCCUCCAUCUGUAGUCAAGUCGAGAAUAGGCAAGAAUUCCAAGCUGCUGGCAGCUGUUGGCUCUGGUGCAACACCGAAACGUACCCCACAAUCUUUAAUGAAGCGAGCACUGCUUACGAGUGCAAAGAAGCAAAUAUUGAACAGAACUCCCAUUACCCCUGGCUUGUCUAGCCGUUCAUCAUUAUUGGGGACAACGCCCCGGCGACUGCCCUUUGAUGAGCAGCGUAAAUGUACACCUGAAAAGCGAGUGCCAUUUGUGGAAAGAAGAAGCCAGUGCCAAACAUCCCCACGGAAACGUAAACCAUCACUGUCCCUGUCCAUGUCCUGUCCGCGCGAUAAUAAACUCUCGCAGCAAAGGAAAUCCCUGGCAGAAUCCAAACGUAAUUCAACCACCUGCCUGAGCAAUAAAUUAGUAGCUAAGGCGAGACGUUCUCUUAACUCCCGGACACCGACUUCACCUCAAGUAAGGACAUCACAAACGCCGAGUAGAGCAAACGUCGUAUGCUCCACUCCAGAACAAAAAGAUUCUUCUGCAGCUGAGUUGAGUCGGACAUUCACUAUCGAUGAUGAUGAAGAUCAAUCAGUGAACGAAUCCAGAGGAAAGGAGAGACGGUCCUCCUUAACAGCGCAAACAGGCAAUGAAUCGAAUCUAAACAGUUCCACUGCUAAUCCCAUUGAAGAAAAUGGAGGAGGGGAACAAAGUCGAAGCAACAAAUUAAAUGAAACAUUCAACGCUGACGAGGAUGAUGAAGCUCCAAUGCCAAAUGAGGAAUCAAACGAAACUAACAACAAAGAAGCAAUUAUUGAAGACAACAUGGCAAAUGAGGUUCUAAUGCCAAUUGAAAUUAACCAUGAUCACAAAGGCGAUGAAAUUAAUAUGAGUAUCACAUCGAAGGAUGUUAUUGAGGACACCAUUUGUGAUGAAGUGGAGCACAUACCCUCAGAAGAUGAUGUGGAGGAGCCAGCCCCUCCAGGUGAAACUCCCAUGCCUAGACGAAGUUCGCGUCGUUUUUCUAGUGAACAGACUGCUGCACCUAUGACCCCUAGGAGGAGUGUGCGACGUGCCUCAAUGGAGGCUAGCCAAAAACUAGAACAGCCAAAACGUCGGGCUUCAUGCUCAGCAAUGGAACUAGAAAUUCCGUCGGUGGCAACACCAAAGCGACAGCGUCGUCUCAGCGAGGAAUUGUUAACACCAAAGCGACAAUCCAAACGACUCUUGAGUACACCAAAACGAAAUCUUCCUGUGGAUAAUGCUGUUGGCGACAUGGCUGUCAUUGUCGAAGCCCAGGAUGAGGCUGAGGAUAAUACGCCAGCCAUAGCUGAUGAGGAUUACGGAACAGAGGUGCCAAUGAGUACCACAUCAGACGAAACGGACAAAGUUGAUUACCAUGGACUGAAAGAUUUACUUAAGACUCCGAAGAUGUGCAGUACACCACGGUAUAAGGGAUUGCGAGAGAUGAUGAAAACCCCGCGAAUGCCUGCCUCACCAAUUUUGGACAAUAUCAAUGAACUUAUGGAGGAGAAAUCGUCCGCCACUAUUGUGACAAACUUACGACUUGAAGUAACUGCUGAGGGCAAGGAUUUGGAUAGAAUCCUUAAGACGCCCAGCGCAAAGAAUAUAAUGAUUCCCAAUGAUCCAGCUAGUGCCAUAUUAAAAUCACGUGAAGAUUCUUUAGCAACAGCAACCGAAUACGACUUGAACGUGACAAACACAACUUUACAUCUGGAUAAAAUCUUUGACGACAUUCCAACAAAGUCGUCAAUUCAGUGUCCGGAGGACAGUGAGCAUGAGUUGAGCUUGACUGGAUUGAGUUCAGUGACUGCAGGAGCUGAUCCCUUGGGGACAUCUCAAAAAAUUACAAAUGAGACUGUCUCGUCGGAGAUUCUUAUGAACAUUAGCGUGCCUCCAGUUGGUAAUUCUUUAAAAGAUCCCCUUACUAGUACCACAUAUAAGGCGACAUCGAGACGCGAUGAACAAGAUUCCAACUGUCUUAACGAGAAAGAACCCUCUAGACCUGAGUCUCCCAAUGUUAGUGGCAUACAUUGCUUAGAUGAGUCCACUGGUUCGAUGUUCUCAGAGCCCUUAAUGGUUUCCGGCAUGGACACAGUAGAAGAGACAAGAAACAAUACGUCGAUCAAUGUGAAGUUUGAUGAUUAUACUCACGUUGAAUCUGAUACUGAAUCCACGAUCGGCUUGGAAGAACCUUUGGUGGUGAGUGAUGAUGAAGACGAAGAGGUUAAUAAGACAGCAAAUGGAAAAGUCUUGCCUGCAGAGGAAUCAGACAUCUUUCCCUUAGACGAAGAGAGUGUAAUUAAUGAUGCCUCUAAUGCAAAAGAUAAAUCUCAAAUUGAUUUGAAUACAUCUCAUGAGAGUUUGCCUUUCGAUAAAACGGAAGAAGUUGUAAUUGAGUUGGAUGAGUGCAGUGAGAGUGACUUAUCAGCUGUCAAACUACCCACAGAAAACGACCCGUCAACUGAGGAACAACUGGACCAAAUCAAAAACGAUAGUUCCAUUUGUGAAUUGGAUUCAACCAUUGAUAGCGAAAGAGAAAUCCAAUCUGCUACAGAGCGUCAAUCGUCGUCUACAUCAAUAACUAAAUCAACGCCAACUAUUGUCAUUUCAGAGGAAGCAACUAUAGACACAGCUAUUGAGAAUGAUAUCGAUUCAGAAAUAAAGAGUGCACCUGAAAAGGAGAACGACGCUAUUGAUAAUAGUCAAUCCGAAUUAGAAUCCCAGAACAAGGAAAGUUCGGAUUUGUCUCAUCAUGGUAAUGGUGUGGAAGAAGUGUUGUCAGUUUCUGUUCUUAAUGAGUCAUCACCUUCACCUUUAAUGGAGACUAGUAAAGUAAAUAAGAAUGGCCAGGAAACGAAUUUAUCUUCAGCGGAUAUUACAGUUGCUAAUGCAUCGUCCGAGGAAUCCCUUAUAAAAGAAACUUCGGAGGAUAAAAAUGUAACCAUAGAAAAAAAAUCAACUGAAUUACCCAGAACCUCAAUCAAUGAAAAGACACAGCCGGAGACCCCGGAAACUGCUAAUUUAUCGAAAUUAGAAGAUGCCACUCAAGAUAUUUCAGCUGUUAUAGAUACUGCUUCCACAGAACUAUCCACGUCUAUACCGUCAGCCGAAGAAAGCCUAAAGGAGACGCCGAAACAAAUAGUAAUUACUGACUUAUUGACUGGAAAAGGCGCCACUCAAGCUGUUUCACCUCCUGUAGAUGAAACUUCCAGAAAAUUAUCCUCAUCAUCAUCACCUUCAACCGAAAGGAAGUCGAUCUCGGAGACCGUAGUUCAAGACGACACUGAAACCGCUUCACAAGAAACAGAAGACUUGUCGAUAUUGGAAGGCGAUAUCAAAAAUAUUUCAACUGCUGUAUGUUCUGCCCAUCCAGAAUUAUACACUUCAUCACCCUUAGCCAAAGAGACUUUGAAAAAAGACAUAGAACAGGACAAAGAAUUAUUUACAUCACCAGCCUUAGACGUAGUAUCCGAAUCAAAGACACAGUCUGUUGAGACAUCAUCAAUUUGCGAAUCCAAAAGAGAACCGGAGCAGCUUGAAAGAGUUUCUGAAGAAAAAGUUAACGUGGAAUCUCCGAAAAGCGACACGCUUGCGCCAAAAGAAAAGCCAAAUGAAAUGUUACAUUCUGAUGAGGCAAUUGCUUUGAAUGCCUCGAAUGACGUCCAGAUGAAACCAGCUACUACUGCGGAUGCAUCGUUUGAAAUAAUUGAUAGGAAACCAGUCAAUAUGGAAGUUGCCUCUGCUGAAAGUAAGCCAAAAGAUCAAGAAAUUGGGCAACUAACGUCAUCUAGUGCAGAUGUUGAAUGUUCCAUCGUUAUUGACUUGGAUGAGUCAGUUACAAGUGAAGCCAAAGUAGAAUCCAAUCAAGUCGAAACAGAUCUGUUUCCGGAAUCAUCAAACCAAGAAACUGAGUCCUUGGAUACACAGGAAGAGGAAAUGGUCAAGGAAACUGUUUCCACUAAUGUUUCCAAUGUCAUCAAUAAAAAUCAAGGUAGUGCAACUUUGGCGGAUCAGCCAAACGAUGAAUCUGUAAACCCACCAGAAGAAAUCGUUAACCCAAUCAUAGAUGCAGAACUGAAGACUGCGAACUUGUCAUCUGCCGAUGAUAAUGCUACAGAUCUGCCAAGAGAAGCAGAAUCAAUUUGUUUCGAUGAUUCAAUAGUUAGAGAAGACAAAAAAACUUCUGAGGAGCCAUUGGAUGGUUUAGCGCUUGAUAGAGCAUCAUUAAAUAGCACCAAAGAAAGUAAAUCAUUGCAUAAUGCAGAAGUUCCAGAUACUGCAACCAAUUUGAUUCAGGAUGUAACAAAAGAGAAGAAGAUUAUAGAAGAAAUUAGCGAGAAAGUUGCAGAUAGUUCAAGAGGAGAACUGACAUUGGACAAAUCUGCAAUUGAAGUACUUACAUCUAACAAAAUUACGGAAAAUUUAGAGAUCAAAGAAAACAAUAUUCUGGAAGAACCAAUCUCUAGCCGUCAUGAACAAAAGGAGGAACAGGAAUCGAUUGUUAAAAUAACUGUUGAGCCACUGGAUUCGUCAAUACCACAAGACCAAGAGGACAAACAGGAAUCGAUUGCUAAAAUAACUGUUCAACCACUGGAUUCGUUAAUACCACAAGAAGUGGUAGAUAAAGAUACUUCGGACGACAAGCGAAGGUCCGUGACAUCAAUUUUUGACACAUCCGUUUUGGAGACUUCUGCUAUAAGUGAAAAUGUUUCGGUCUGCAGUGUUCAAAUCGUUCAGAAGAGCCCACCACGUCCACCUUCGAGGGAAUGUGUCAUUAACUUGGAUGAAUCUGUAUCCGACUCCAAAAAUUUGUCCUCUGUAGAUGAAGUAAUUGAUUUGGACGCUUCUAGCAUAUGUUAUGAAGCCUCAACGGGAGAGUCGCCGACCUACAACAACGAUUCUGUAGUCAUAACAGACAAUUCUUUGAACCAGCCAUAUCCGGGGGAAGUUGGCCAAUCAUCGGAAGCUUCAGACAAUAAUGAAACAAAAGCUGAAGUCGAAGAUUCAAUUGUGGAUACGAAAAUUCAAGCGCAUUCUGCACAAGUUCAAACAGUAAAUGGUGAAGUUAUUCAAGAUGAGGAAGUUGCUGCAGAUAGCGAAAUGCCAAUUGAAGAAUCCACAGCAGCAACAGUUGACUCUGCAGCGGGUAAUGAAAUUCAAAUGGCCAAUUUAGAGGAGGAUAAAAAGGUCAGCGAAGAGCCAGAAAAAUCUGACUUGGAAAACAAAUCUAAUUCUGUAAUCGAAAAGCAAGACAGUUUGAAUAAAUUUAAAAUGAACAGCGAGCAAACCUCAAUCCAGGCGACGGAAAAUGAGAUGCAAGAGAUUAUAGACAAAGCUGAAGAGGCAGAAAAAGCAGAUGUGUCUUCAACCGAAAGGGAGUUGGAGAAUUCUAUUUUGAAAGCAACACCAGAACAUAUUAUCGAAGAGGACAUUAAGAAGGAAAAGCUGCAGCAAGUAGCAAACGAAGAAAAAGAACAAACACUCAAUGUCACAUCAACAGAAAUGGCUGAAACUAAAACGGGAACCGCACAUGAACAACCUGUAAAAGAAGAAGAAAGUAAGUCUAAAAUAGAUGAGCCGGCAGCAGAAGAAAAACCUAAAGCCAAAUUAGAUGAGAUGUCAGUGCUAGAGGAAACUGAGAGUCUAGAAACGGCAUCGUUAAACAACGUCCAAACUCCAACAACUGUGGAGAAAACUGAUGAGUCAAAAAUUAAUGAAGAGCCCAACAGAAAGACAUCAUCAGAAAAGGCUACGGCUGAAGGGGAAACAUCAUUUGAAUCAGUGGAACAAACUCAAAUAGAAGCAGCUCAAACGGAAGGUAAAAACAAAUCUGAUUCCAAUUUGGAAAAAGAAGAAUCAAACACAGAAAACAAGGAUACACCAGACCAAGUCUCUGCCGCUAUAGAGGAAAAACCCAAAAGUCUUACACGAAAGUCUGCAAAUGAAACGAAGGAUACUCUGCAGAAAAACGUGCCAAAAGAAGAAACGGUCAAAGAAGAGCCUGCAAGAGAACAAAAGGCCAAAGAAGAACCUGCAAGAGAAAUUGAAAAUGCCCCCGAACUUAAGGCAGAUGGAGAAACGUCAGAGGCACCUAUGCAAUCUACGCAUAUUGAAAAUGAGGAACAACCCAAAGGGCUUAAACGAAAACAUGCGAAUGAGGAACAAAUUAGAGCUGAAAGCCUGGAAGAAGUGGUUAAUCUUACAGAGGAGGAACCUAAGCAAAAGGUUAAAACAAAAGCAGUGGAUGAAGAAGUCGCUGAGCCCGCUAAAAAGCUUAAAGUACAUGCAGAAAUAGUGACGGAACCAAUGACAAUUGAAUCUGAUGAAGAUGUGGUUCCAUCAACAACGCAUAAAGCGGAAGAAAGCAAAGAAGAUAAGGCAAAAGUGCCUCCUGAGAACGACAGGACUAAGCGACGAGAAAGAAAACCUUCAAAGAAUAUUAGUGGCAAUGAAAAGGAAUCUGUUCCAGAGCCAACGUCUACAAGCCCAGAAAUAGUUGACGUAGAGCCCAAGAGACGUCCAAGGAAACCUUCAGCGGACACAGCACAAAGAAAUGAAGAAACAGCCAUGGAAACAAUGCCAGAAAUUUCAGAAGAGGAAACCGAAAAAGAUGUUGUAACGACAUCCAAGCGGCGAGUCCGAAAACCAUCAGCAGAAGUUGAGAGCAAAAAACCAGACCCGAUUGCAGCAGGCGAAGAAGCACCAGUACCUCUUCAAAGCGAGGAGAAGCUCAAGAGACGGGUGAGAAAGGCGUCUUCAGAAGUGCGUGAGCCAGCACAUCCUCUUCUUAAAGGAAUGGCACAAAUUCCAGAAGAGGAGAAGCCAAAAAGACGCGGAAGAAAACCCUCGUCGGAUGUGCCGGAAUGCGUUAAUGAGCCAAUACAAAAGGCCAUACAACGAGUUGCCGAAACGGCAAUUGUUAAAAAUGUUGUGACCCCAACUAGAAGGCGGGGACGUAAACCAUCGACUGAGGUCUCUGAACCAAUCGAACCCACUCAAGAAGAUGCAAAAACAAACGAAGCUUCGGAAGCGGAUAGACAUCCAGAGAAGGCAAAGGCACGACGAGGACGUAAACCAUCAGCUGAAACCUCUGAAUCAGUUGAACAUAUUCAAGAAGACGCAGAUCCCAACGAAGGUGAGAAGCUAUCAGCGAUACCCGAAGCAAGGGAUGAACCAGUCAGCGAAAAGAAAGUGAAAGAAACUGCACAUCCAGAGAAGGCAAAGGCACGACGAGGACGCAAACCAUCAGCUGAAACCUCUGAAUCAGUUGAACAUAUUCAAGAAGACGCAAAUCCCAACGAAGGUGAGAAGCUAUUAACGAUAGCAGAGGAUAGGGAUGAACCAGUCAGCGUAAAGAAUUCGGAAGCGGAUAGACAUCCAGAGAAGGCAAAGGCACGACGAGGACGUAAACCAUCAGCUGAAACCUCUGAAUCAGUUGAACAUGUUCAAGAAGACGCAAAUCCCAACGAAGGCGAGAAGCUAUCAGCGAUAGCGGAAGCAAGGGAUGAACCAGUCAGCGAAAAGAAUUCGGAAGCGGAUAGACACCCAGAGAAGGCAAAGGCACGACGAGGACGCAAACCAUCAGCUGAAACCUCUGAAUCAGUUGAACAUAUUCAAGAAGACGCAAAUCCCAACGAAGGUGAGAAGCUAUCAGCGAUACCGGAAGCAAGGGAUGAACCAGUCAGCGGAAAGAACGUGAAAGAAGAUGCACAUCCAGAGAAAGCAAAGGCACGACGAGGACGCAAACCAUCAGCUGAAACCUCUGAAUCAGUUGAACAUAUUCAAGAGGACGCAAAUCCCAACGAAGGUGAGAAGCUAUCAGCGAUAGCGGAAGCAAGGGAUGAACCAGUCAGCGAAAAGAAAGUGAAAGAAGAUGCACAUCCAGAGAAAGCAAAGGCACGACGAGGACGCAAACCAUCAGCUGAAACCUCUGAAUCAGUUGAACAUAUUCAAGAGGACGCAAAACCCAACGAAGGUGAGAUGCUAUCAGCGAUAGCGGAAGCAAGGGAUGAACCAGUCAAGGGAAAGAACGUGAAAGAAGAUGCACCUCCAGAGAAGGCAAAGACCCGACGAGGACGCAAACCAUCAGCUGAAACGUCUGAACCCGUUGAACAUAUUCAAGAAGACGCAAAACCCAACGAAGGUGAGAAGCUAUCAGCGAUAGCGGAAGCAAGGGAUGAACCAGUCAGCGAAAAGAACUUGAAAGAAGAUGCACCUCCAGAGAAGGCAAAGACACGACGAGGACGAAAACCAUCGGCUGAAGUUGAAGAAAAAGAUGCACAUGAAUUACCCGUACCCAAAUUGAGACGUGGACGCAAAGCUUCUGCAGACGUUGAUGAAGGGAUCCCGGCUAAAGAAACAAUCGGUAAACGGGGUGGCAACAAGGAGACAACAAAGCGUCAUGCAGAUGAUGCCAAACAUUUGGAUGAAAUUCGUGAGAUCGAUGAGCCAGAGGCAAAGAGGAAAUUAGUGGUUGAAAAGGAAAUUGAAACUACAAGUAGCACGCGCCGACGUGGACACCAGGUUGUGGAGGAACAGGAGGAACCCAAACCAAAACGUCGCGGCCGGAAAGCAUCCAUCGAAGAAGUCCGCACAGAAUCUACCCAAGUAGAACCUUUACCUCAAACGUCAAGUGCAGAAGUGGAGCCAAGGCCAACACGUCGAGCUCGAAAUCCUUCAGUAAGUGUGGAGGAAGCACCCCCGAAAAAGACAACCACUCGACGUGGACGCACUCCCAAUAAGCAAGUGUAUGAGUCAUCAAACGCCGUCGUGGUCUCACCCGCAAUUCUCAUUACUGAAGCAGCGUUGGAGAAACCUCAAACUAUCGUCAGUGACGGUAUGAUAUCUGAAGAUGAGUUAACGCCACGUCGUCGGGAGCGGCGUAAUUUAAUGCCCAAGAACUACAAUGAGACAUCAGAUGAAGAUAAGCCAAGCUCACGUCGGGCACGGAAGCCGGCGGCCAGCAAAACGACAUCGAAACCCUUGGAAGCGGAACGGGAGCUUUUGUUAAGUACACCGCAGCCUAAGCAGGCAUCUGCUACCGAAGAGCCGUCAACACCAGUCAAUGCGAAACCGCCGGUUGAGCCCUCAACUUCGAAGAAACGACAAGUGCGGAACACGCCGCGCAAGGAUUACAAAGAGGCAUCCGAUGACGAAAAACCUGCCACUUCUCGUACCCGUCGUGUAAGAAAUCCCACACCAAAAGCAUUGGAAUUAAUUGUAGACUCCAGCCCAAGACCUGGCACACCGAAACGGCGCAAGGCCGCAAAGGCUAUAGCCGAAGAAUCGGAAGAGCCGCCGGAGAAGAAGGCUGUCACAAAGGAGUCGGCACUUUCACCAGAAAUCCCAACAAGCACCACUGCUGAGGCAGCGUCCGUUUCAUCCAAAGCACGAGGAACACGUCGUAAAGUAAACGAUGUGAAAGUUACAGACGUCGUAACAGAGGAGCCAAUACCUGAGUCGGCACCCAAGAGGAAUGCACGGGCACGCAAAGGUAAAACGGAAGAGACUGAAACGGUACCGGAUCAACCGGUGAAACCACGUCGGGGAGCCCGUGCGAAGACCCCAGCAGUCGCUGAAGAGAUAACACCUCAACUCGAAGCAGAGCCAGAGGCGAAGAAACCUCCAGCACGUGGACGUGGCGCCAGAGCAGCAGCAGCCAAAGAACCUGAGAUUGUUGUGGCACAAAUUGUAGAAGACGAAACGAGUGCAUCCUCUUCUCAGACUCAUACAGCACCCGUGCGCAGUGGACGUGCCAGAAAGGUUCAUUUUGAAGCCGAACCCACCACAAGUGAAGACGGUGCUCCAGCACCCAAGCGGGCGACGCGCUCUCGUCGCAAAUAAUUUGGUUUAUUUUCGUUUUACUUUUCUUUCGUUUUUUUUUGUUUUCAAAAUUUUAUAACUACUUAAACAACACCUUAACAAUUAUCCUUUAUUAUAUAUAUAUAUAAAUUAGAAUAUGUUUUUUGUUUGAAAUUUAAUGAAAUGUGUCCAGUUUUCUUAUCCUUAUGUAUAAACAUUGUUCACGGCAUUAUUUUAUAUUGCCUUGGGCCACUUUGUUAUUAUCUAUCUCAAUUGAAUGAAUACCAUGCGACUGCCGGAACAGAUAAAAUUGAACAGAAAACACAAAUAUCGUUAUAUUUAAGAGAAAAUUAUCCAUAAAGAGAUGAACGCUCAGUAAUGAAUUGAAAAUAUCUUUAAAAUUUAACCAUAAGCUCGAUUUAUACAUAAAUGACAUAUUCUUAGUUAACAUUGUAAGUCUGUCUAUCAAUAAUUACUCCCACUAAUAAAGAAAUUUUCAAAUAUAUAA